UCCCGCCGCCAGAGCCAGCUUGCUGCACAGACGACUCAGGCGGCCGCCGACUCACUGAGGAGGGAAAGAGCCCCGUCUCUCACUGAGCCAGCGCUGGUUGGAGCUGCGCGACGCUGCGAAGAGUCAUGGAUGCAGUUAUUUUGUACAAGGAAAUCCUCCUGCAGUAUUUAAACAAAGCAAGAAGUGCUGUAAAUGGAAAGUGUGCUGGGAUUGAACCAUGGCAACUCAUAGCAUCGACGGUUGCUGCUACCCUGCUGGUGGUAUGGCUUCAUACAUUUAUCUUCCAACCAGAGAGUUUAAAGUCACGAGCUAAAAAACGGUUCUUCAGAGUGUUACGAAAAUUGCCAAUUAUUGGCACUGUGAUAAAGAAUUAUUUUAACAAGGCUUUGGAUGACGUGAAGUCUAAUUUGUCUUUUCUGCAAGAUGGAAAGCCCUAUAUCAAAAUGCUGCCUGCCAAAGGCCUGAGCCAGCCAGAAGUGUUAGAGAAGUUGAAAGAUUACAGCUCAAUGGGAAAAGUACGCUGGGAAGAUGGCACGGUUUCAGGAACAGUUUACAGCGGGGAAGAAAAACUCACUAAACUACUAGUGAAGGUUUAUGAGGAAUUUGCAUGGAGUAACCCUCUACAUCCAGAUAUAUUCCCAGGUGUGAGAAAAAUGGAAGCAGAAGUAAUAAGAAUGACUUGCAACCUCUUCCAUGGUGGACCCAAUUCUUGUGGAGCAAUGACCUCUGGUGGAACUGAGAGUAUCCUGAUGGCCUGUAAAGCCUACAGGAAUCUGGCUUAUGAAAAAGGAAUCAAGUACCCAGAAAUAUUGGCUCCACUGAGUGUCCAUGCAGCUUUUAACAAAGCCGCUGAUUAUUUUGGGAUGAAGAUAGUGCUCAUUCCAUUGGCCCAGAAUAUGCAAGUGGAUCUGAAGGCAAUGAAGAGAGCGAUUUCCAGGAAUACAGCAAUGCUAGUCUGCUCAGCCCCCGAUUUCCCUCAUGGGAUAAUAGACCCAAUUGAGGAGGUGGCAGAGCUUGCAGUGAAAUACAAGAUUCCCUUCCACGUGGAUUCCUGUCUAGGAGGUUUUCUCAUUCCCUUUAUGGAGAAGGCAGGUUUCCCUCUUCAACGUCGGUUUGACUUCCUAGUGAAUGGUGUCACCAGCAUUUCUGCAGAUACCCACAAAUAUGGUUAUGCUCCAAAGGGCUCCUCAGUGAUAAUGUACAGUGACCAAAAAUACCGGAGCUACCAAUUUUUUGUGGAUCCUGACUGGCAAGGAGGAAUCUACGCCUCCCCUACUGUGGCUGGCUCCAGGCCUGGUGGCAUCAUUGCAGCUUGCUGGGCAACUAUGAUGUACAUGGGAGAAGAUGGCUAUGUGGAAGCCACCAGGAAGAUAAUUUCAACUACACGGUUCAUUGAGUCAGAGUUGCGGAAAACUGACCACAUCUUCAUCCUUGGAAAACCUGAGGUAUCUGUGAUCGCUAUUGGGUCUGACACAUUUGACAUAUAUCGGUUAUCAAAUAUAUUAUCAUCUAAAGGAUGGAAUUUAAGUAUUCUGCAGUAUCCUUCAAGUAUCCAUAUUUCCCUAACAUUAUUGCAUACAAAACCUGGGGUGGCAGAACGAUUCGUGAAAGACAUCCAAGAGGCCGUCUCUGAGAUCAUGAAGGAUCCUAAAGCCAAGACCACUGGUGUGGGCGCUAUCUAUGGUAUGGCACAAGCUAUCCCAGACAGAAACCUGGUAGCAGAGAUUUCUCAUGUUUACUUGGAUGCCUUGUACAACACCGACUCCCAUCUUUCUACUGACACACCCCUGAAUGGGUCUCCAGGACACCACUAAUUCUGUAAUAAGUUUGUGCCUUCUAGCAACUAGUGGAUGGAAUUGUAAAGAUUUCUGAGGAAAGAGAAUGUCCUUUAGUAGUUGUUCUUCCUGCAGGGCAGAUGGCAGCUCAGUCAUCUCCCUCUGUCUUAAAGUGGCACAGACGUCACACAAGGGUUUUUCUUUUACGUUGGUUCUUCGUUAUGAAUUCUCACAACUAACAGAAAUUUAAUACUAAUUUUGUAUUUUUUUCAGGUUAGUGCACUGACAUAGACCUGAAAUAGCCAUAUUCACAGCAAGUUUGUUCUGUAGUCCCUCAUAAUUCAGGUGUUUGUUUGAAAUCUGUUUAUUCCUUAUCACUGUUUCUUUGAAUUGAUCCUGUAGUUCAUUCUGUCUCUUGUUUAUUUGUUUUAAUGUUGAAUGCUCAACCAUUGAAAACUCACAGAGAAGUUGGAAUAGUUUUUCAGAUCAGAGUGUAGAAACCUGUUCAAACACUUGAUUGAAGAAUCAGGGCUACCUUUCCCCACUCUCACUGGUUUUAUUUCCAGUGUCCAGCCUAUAGUCUCACUGCUUUCUCGGAAGUUUUUUAUAGUAUCACCUCCAAUCUUGUUGAGCAGAGCCUGUCCUUGGAGAGGGUUGAGAGUAAAAUGGUUAUUCAUUCUCUAGCAUUACAAUUUGAAGGGGUACUAACUUCAUAUGCUGCAGGCAGCAUACUUGGAAAGCUAAUUGUGGUUCCUUGGUGCCAGCAUCAUAUCUGGAAUCACCCAAAUACUAGAGCUACUCUGGCUCUGUAGCUGGGAGCUGUUGUAGACACGUCACCACGGUUAACUUUCUGCUUGCCCCUUUUAGUGCAAAAUCAACAUCUUUAUGUAGUAAUGUCUCUACUAUGUUGUUUUUUUUGUCCUCGCUGUUAGUCGUGUUUUCAAAAGGGAACUCACAGGUUGCCUUAAUGCUGAUAGGAUUCCUUCUGGGAUGCCAAAGAUCAGCUGUUGACUGAUGAUAAAAUUAUUGAUGGUACUACACUGAAAAUAUCUUCAGUGGCAGAAUAGCCUCAGGUACAAUACACUCCAUUCAUCGUUGUCUGAGCCAGACCUUUUUAUGGGCUUGCUAUGAGGAAAGGUCUUAGUAAACCCUAAGUCCAUGUGUGUGGGGAGGGGUGGGGGUUGGGGUUCAGUUUGCAGCUGCUUUCCUAGAAACAAGAUAAGACUUUGGUUUCCCCCCCCCCAAGUAUUGAAGUGAGAGUGGAGUGUAGUUUCAAGCCAGAUCAUAACCUGUCUCUGAAUACCACUAGAUUUCACUUAUUACUUGAUCUAAGUGUAGUAAGGGAUAUCCACAAUUAAAGGAAGUAUGAUUGCACGUUCCUGCAAAUGCUUUGAGCUUGAUGGAUUCAGGAAAGAUGGAAUAUUGACCUGCACUAGUCUAAAUACUGGAAAUGUUUAGUUAUAACAUUUGUCUUGAACAUGGUGAAGGGAAAGCAAUGUAAAGGCUAUUGAAUGAAAACAAACUUUCAAAAGGAGCGUGUAUGUAAAUUUCUGUAUUUUCUCCCCUUCCCCCUUACAACAUUGUUUGUAAAAGGGAAACGUCGUCUUCUGUAUAACUGAUCCAAAAGUAAGUGGGGUCAACAAAUUGUACAAGUAUUUUUACUAAAAUUCUCAAUUGUGCUUACUAGUCAAAUCAAAGAGUCACAACUCUGUUGCGAUAUUAUUUAAAGAAAGCUUUAAGACCAAA